AUGAAGAGGCAGAGGAAGAAAGAGCCCUUGAUCAUUUCCAAGGAUGAUGUCCGAGACAAUAUUGUGACCUAUAAUGAUGAAGGAGGUGGCGAAGAAGAUACUCAAGCCUUUGACAUUGGCACACUAAGAAAUCCCGAAGCCAGAGAAGAAAGCAAAAUGAGGAGAGAUGUGAUGCCAGAAACUAUCUUCCAGAUAAGGAGAACUGUGCCACUGUGGGAGAACAUUGAUGUCCAAGAUUUUAUCCAUCGAAGGCUAAAGGAAAAUGAUUUGGAUCCAACAGCACCUCCUUACGAUUCUUUAGCAACAUAUGCGUAUGAAGGGAACGAUUCUAUAGCAAAUUCGCUUAGCUCUUUGGAAUCACUCACUACAGAUGGUGGCAACCAAGAUUACGAUUAUCUCAGUGACUGGGGACCUCGGUUUAAAAAGUUGGCAGAUAUGUAUGGUGGAGAUGAGAGUGACCAAGACUGA